ACCCGCUGCCGUAAAGCCGAACUGUUGUGACAGGAGCUAGCAGUGACGUUGGCGCAUGCGUUAGCUCAGUUAGCCAUUUGUCUCCUAAACUGUCAUUUCAGCCACACGGAGGAUGUACCCUUCUUCAACUUUAGUGUUUAACAUUUGAAGUACACUUUCAGAGCCCAUCCUGCUGUGUCGCGGCGAGCACACCCUGUACUGGAGAGGAGUGAAAGCAGAAGCAGGCGCUGGAGUUGAGUCUGUGGGGAAACCAUUUUAUGAUUCUCAAUGCAUCAUAAGGAUACUCUCGACUCGCUAGCUUAACGCAGCCCGAUCUAUCGUCCGUGUGGUGGAUGGGUCCGCUGCACCAGGUGUUUCUGGAAGUGACCGGUGCUUAGCGAGCAACAUGGAUACAGCCGAAGAAGCGGAUAUUUGCCGUGUGUGCCGCUCCGAGGGGACCCCAGAUAAACCCUUGUACCAUCCCUGUGUCUGCACUGGCAGCAUCAAGUUUAUACACCAGGAAUGUUUGGUCCAGUGGUUGAAGCACAGCAGGAAGGAGUACUGUGAAUUAUGCAAGCACAGAUUUGCUUUCACACCCAUUUACUCUCCAGACAUGCCGUCGCGUUUGCCCAUCCAGGACAUCUGUGCCGGGCUGCUGACCAGUGUGGGCACAGCCAUCCGCUACUGGUUCCAUUACACACUGGUGGCCUUUGCAUGGCUUGGGGUGGUUCCUCUCACUGCAUGUCGCAUAUACAAGUGUCUGUUUACAGGCUCCGUGAGCUCGCUUUUGACACUGCCAUUGGACAUGCUCUCAACAGAGAACCUGCUUGCAGAUUGUCUACAGGGCUGCUUCGUGGUCACCUGCACGCUGUGUGCGUUCAUCAGCCUGGUGUGGCUCAGAGAACAGAUAGUCCACGGUGGCGCUCCACAGUGGUUAGAGCAGCACCAGGCGCCACCGCCAAACGCAGCCGGACAACCCAAUGAGGCUCAGGCUGCAGGUCAGGGAGCAGCUGAUGAGCCACCUGCAGCUCAGCCGCCUCCUGCUGAUCCACCAGCUCAGAACGAAGCAGAGCCUGAGCCCCCUGAUGUCCCGCCGGACCAGGGCGAUGAUCCCGAGCUGGAAGAAGAGGAGGGAGCAGCGGCGGAAGAUGCUGACCCCAACAAUGGAGCACAAGAUGACAUGAACUGGAAUGCUCUGGAGUGGGACAGGGCGGCAGAGGAGCUCACCUGGGAAAGGAUGCUCGGCCUGGAUGGUUCUCUGGUGUUUCUGGAGCAUGUGUUUUGGGUGGUGUCUCUGAACACGCUCUUCAUCCUGGUCUUUGCAUUUUGCCCGUACCACAUCGGACACUUCUCCGUCGUUGGUCUCGGCUUUGAGGAAUAUGUCCAAGCCUCCCACUUUGAGGGCUUAAUCACAACCAUAGUGGGCUACAUCCUCCUGGCCAUGACGCUCAUCCUCUGUCACGGACUGGCUGCUCUGGUCCGGUUCCAGCGCUCCAGACGUCUCCUGGGAGUCUGCUACAUUGUUGUCAAGGUGUCUCUGCUGGUUGUCGUGGAGAUCGGGGUUUUUCCACUCAUCUGUGGAUGGUGGCUUGACAUCUGCUCUUUAGAGAUGUUCGAUGCCUCCCUGAAGGACCGAGAGUUGAGUUUUAAAUCUGCCCCUGGUACCACCAUGUUCCUGCACUGGCUGGUGGGAAUGGUCUACGUCUUCUACUUUGCUUCUUUCAUCCUGCUACUGAGAGAGGUCCUGAGACCGGGUGUUCUGUGGUUUCUGAGAAACCUCAAUGACCCAGAUUUUAACCCAGUGCAGGAGAUGAUUCACCUGCCCAUAUACAGACACCUGCGGCGCUUCAUCCUGUCCGUGGUGGUGUUCGGCUCCAUCGUGCUGCUCAUGCUGUGGCUUCCCAUCAGGCUCAUCAAACUGCUGCUGCCCACUUUCCUCCCGUACAACGUCAUGCUCUACAGUGAUGCACCGGUCAGCGAGCUGUCUCUGGAGCUGUUAUUACUCCAGGUUGUGCUGCCGGCUCUGUUGGAGCAGGGACACACUCGCCAGUGGCUCAAAGGCCUGGUCAGAGCCUGGACUGUCAGUGCUGGAUAUUUACUAGACCUCCACUCCUACCUCCUCGGUGAGCAGGAGGACAAUGAUGCCAAUCAACCUGUAAACAACAACAACAACAACAAUCCUCCCCCCGGUCAUCAUAACAACAACAACAACCCUGCCCCAGCUGUUGGUGAGGGGCUUCAUGCAGCCCACCAGGCCAUUCUGCAGCAAGGGGGACCCGUGGGGUUCCAGCCUUACCACAGACCCCUCCGCUUCCCAUUCAGGAUUGUGCUGCUCAUAGCUUUCAUGUGCAUCACUCUGCUUGUGGCCAGUCUGGUGUGUCUAACCCUACCAGUGUUCACCGGGCGCUGGCUGAUGUCCUUCUGGACAGGAAGCUCCAAAAUCCAUGAGCUGUACACAGCAGCCUGCGGCCUGUACGUGUGUUGGCUGUCCAUCCGCGGGGUCACUGUGCUGCUGGCAUGGAUGCCCCAAGGACGCACCGUCAUCGUCCACAAAGUCCAGGAGUGGACUCUCAUGAUUCUGAAGACUCUUGUUGUGGCUCUGCUGGUUGCUGGAGUAAUCCCUCUAUUAUUGGGCCUGCUGUUUGAGCUGGUCAUUGUGGCUCCACUCAGGGUACCCCUAGACCAAACACCCCUCUUCUACCCUUGGCAGGAUUGGGCUCUAGGAGUGCUCCAUGCCAAAAUCAUCGCUGCCAUCACUCUGAUGGGCCCUCAGUGGUGGCUGAAGACUGUGAUCGAACAGGUCUAUGCAAAUGGAAUUCGCAACAUCGACCUCCAGUUCAUCAUUCGUAAACUGGCUGCUCCGGUCAUCUCAGUCCUGCUGUUGUCCCUGUGUGUGCCGUAUGUGAUCGCUGCAGGGGUUGUGCCUGCUGUGGGAGUCACCCCAGAGAUGGAGAUCCUGAUGCAGAGGAGAAUCUACCCGUUCCUUCUGAUGGUGGUCUCGCUCAUCGGCAUCCUGUCCUUCCAGAUCCGACAGUUUAAACGCCUGUACGAACACAUCAAGAACGACAAGUACCUGGUCGGACAGAGGCUCGUCAACUACGAGCGGAAAGCAGGAAGAGCAAGCUCGGUCCCCCCUCCAAACCCUGUGGCAGAAUAGAUUUUUCUGUCAAACAUUGCCACAUAUUUUUUCACCCGUUACCCUGCCUACACCUUUUCCCCCCACCCUAUUUGAUUCACAACUCAGUCCUUGGACCUGAAUCCUUUCAAAUCUCCCCUGGAUCCUGGUGGAUUUGAUGGAUGUCGUUCAAUUUCUUGAAUCUCCCUUCCACGCCCGUCGUUGGUGGGCCGGGGAAACUGUAUUAUAAUCAUUGGACAGCUGAGUCGACAACCCAAACCCUCAAGACAGACGCAGUGGCAGGAGGGUGAGGGGUUGAAGGUUUGAUUUGAAGCUCAACAUCUGUAUUGUCGUUCAUGCCUUGCUUUGUAAAGUGCUGCCUGAUAAUUGUACAUGUGUAAAUACUUUGAACGCAGACUUUGUCUUAAAAAACAAGAGACAGAUGUGGAUUAAUGCAAUGACCAUUGUACAUCUUAAAAGUGUAUGUAUAAUUUAUUAAAUCAAACUGACAAUUUA